CCCAUUUAUUCCUCGUGCGUGCCUCUAUUUCAUCUCAAAACAAUCUCUUAUAUAAAAACAACCUAACAUAACAUCACAUAACCCUCAUUCUUCAAAUUCAAACCUCAAAUCACAAUUCAUUCUCUUUUUCAAUGUCGACUUCUUCGGAGAAAUCCACGUUUUCUCAAACAUGCAACCUCCUCAGCCGAUACAUCAAACACAAUGGUAAUUCAUGUAACGUAACAAAUGUUGUGACACCCAAGAAUCUCACAACCAAGGAUUUCUUAACUCCAAUGUCUAAGGUUAAGGAACCAAAAUCUGCGCAAUUGACAAUGUUUUAUAAUGGACAAGUUAUUGUUUUGGAUGAUUUUCCGGCUGAGAAAGUGGAAGAGAUAAAGUCGAUUGCUCAGACACAGUCUUUGGUUACUCCGAAUUCUCAACUACCUUGUGGAACAAUUGUUGUUGAUAUGCCAAUUGCUAGAAAAGCUUCACUUCUUAGAUUCAUGGAGAAGAGAAAAAACAGAGUUGCAGCGAAAUCACCGUACUAUAAAACUAUCAAAACAGUUUCUGAUCCAGUGAAGGAAUCUGAAUCUGUUCCUUGGCUUGUGUUAGGCGCUAAAUCAACGUGAAUUUCAGAGAGUUUUUAACAAUUUUUUUUCUUUUUUUGUUGAUGGAUCUCUCAGAUCUAACUUAGUUUUUUUUAGCUUAGAGGUUUAAUUAUAAUUUUAAAUAUUUUCUGUAAUUAGUUCUCUUUUAAUUUUGUGAAUUCAUUUUUCCUCUUCUUUUA